UCAAAGGUCGCUACGUAAAAAUCGGCUAAAACAUAUGACGUGUCGCUCUCAGUUUCUCUCUGCUUUAAGCGUGUAGUGUACGCGAGCGUAGUGAGUCAGACGCAAAGAGUUAACCAAAAUAACGUUAAAACUUGCACGAACAUGUUCGGACCUGAUUUUUUUGGAAUUCGUACCUCAGUACCUUGAAUGAAAAGACAAUAGAGAUAAGUCUGAGUCCAAGUAAAAUAAUAAGAGAGGCAAAGAGCUAACCUUUGUGCAAUCUCACAGUUUUGAGGUUAUAAAAGUCAACAUCGGAAAUUGUCAGUCGGCUGUAAUAAUGGAGGAAGUCACAAAGCUAGAGCACUUGUCUCUGGUGUCGAAGAUCUGCACAGAGUUGGAAAACCAUCUGGGCUUGAACGACAAGGACUUGGCCGAAUUCAUCAUACAUCUGGCCGAGAAGAACGACACAUUCCCGACGUUUAAAAAGAUAUUGAUCGAGAAUGGAGCCGAGUUUUCGGAUUCCUUUAUGGCGAAUCUUCUGAGGAUAAUACAGCAUAUGAAGCCCGUCAAAGCGUGUCCGGAAAAGAAGCCGUCCAAUACAAUGAGCAAGCAGGAGCUGGUGUUAAGAUUUCCUGCGUUAGCGCUGCCGAACGAGGACGUGCAGCGUUCCAAUAACAAAGUCGACACCAAUUCCAAGGAUGAGGAUAUCGUGAACGACGUAAUGGCUUCCCUGGAGGCGUUCGCACCGUCGAGCAGGAAGCAAGCGAGCACGAGCAGCAGCGAGAAGAGGAGCAAACGACACGCGAGAAAGAGUGGAAGCAGGAGCCGAAGCAGGAGUAGGUCGCGAGACAGAAGGAGACACAGAUCGAGAACACCAUCGAGGCGCAGGGAGAGACGACGUAGAACUCGAUCGCGCUCGAAAUCUCGUGAUCGAACUCGUCGGCGGUCGUCAAGGUCACGGGAACGCCGGGUAACGAGCGGCAAUGACGGCAGAUGGUCGCGAAGGACGCGCGAACGCGGUGGACGCGGCGGACGCGGCGAGCGUUCGAGGUCGGGUUCUGUCGAGGAACUCGCGGUGGAGCCGGAGGUCACCAAGAUUUACGCGGGCAAAGUGGCCAACAUCGUGCCGUUUGGCUGUUUCGUCUCACUAGAGGGUCUGAGGCGUAGGUGGGAAGGUCUGGUGCACAUCUCCCAGCUGAGAAGAGAAGGCCGCGUGGCGAACGCGAGCGACGUCGUCUCCAGAGGCCAGAGGGUUCUGGUGAAAGUUCUUAGCGUCGGCGGGCAGAAGGUGUCGCUGAGCAUGAAGGACGUUGACCAAGAGACCGGCAGGGACUUAAAUCCUGUGGCGCCAGCAGUCGGUGUGAAAGCCGAAGAGGAUGAGAAGCACCUGCGCAACCCGGACCGGCCGACGUCGCUACUGGAGCUACAAGGCAACUACGACGAGGACGAGACGUACUCACGCAAACGCGUCCAACGACUCUCAUCGCCAGAGAAGUGGGAGAUCAAGCAGAUGCUCGCGGCCUCGUGCAUUGACAGGAGCGAGCUACCCGAGUUCGACACGGAAACAGGCAUUCUGCCGCGCGAAGACGACGAGGAGGAGGAUGUGGAGAUCGAGCUGGUGGAGGAGGAGCCGCCGUUUCUUCAUGGCCAUGGUAGGGCGCUCGGCGAUCUCAGCCCCGUGCGCAUUGUCAAGAAUCCAGACGGUUCGCUUGCGCAGGCGGCGAUGAUGCAAAGCGCCUUGGCGAAGGAGCGCCGCGAACAGAAGAUGUUGCAGCGCGAGCAGGAGAUGGACUCGGUGCCGGCCGGCCUUAACAAGAACUGGAUUGACCCGCUGCCGGAAGCUGAAAGCAGGACCCUCGCGGCCAACAUGCGCGGCAUCGGCCUGCAGACGCAGGACCUGCCCGAGUGGAAGAAGCACGUGAUAGGCGGCAAGAAGUCGUCGUUCGGUAAGAAGACCAACCUGACCCUGCUCGAACAGCGGCAGAGUCUACCGAUCUAUAAGCUGCGCGACGACCUCGUCAAAGCCGUGACCGAUAAUCAGAUCUUGAUCGUGAUCGGCGAGACCGGCUCUGGUAAAACGACGCAGAUCACGCAGUACCUGGCCGAGGCGGGCUUCACGGCGCGCGGCAAGAUUGGCUGCACGCAGCCGAGGCGGGUCGCCGCAAUGAGCGUGGCGAAGCGGGUGGCCGAGGAGUUCGGUUGCUGCCUCGGCCAAGAGGUCGGCUAUACCAUUCGUUUCGAGGACUGCACCGGACCGGAGACUAGCAUCAAGUACAUGACCGACGGUAUGCUGCUGCGUGAGUGCCUGAUGGACCUCGACCUCAACAUGUACUCGGUAAUCAUGCUGGAUGAGGCGCACGAGCGUACGAUCCACACCGACGUGCUGUUCGGCCUGUUGAAACAGGCGGUCGGCCGGCGGCCUGACCUCAAGCUUAUCGUCACCAGUGCCACGUUGGACGCUGUCAAGUUCUCGCAGUACUUCUUCGAAGCGCCGAUAUUCACAAUACCCGGUCGCACCUUCGAGGUCAAUGUGAUGUACACGAAAGAGCCGGAGACAGACUAUCUCGACGCGGCCCUCAUCACCGUCAUGCAGAUACAUCUGCGCGAGCCGCCAGGCGACAUUCUACUGUUCCUCACCGGCCAGGAGGAGAUAGACACCGCUUGCGAGAUCCUCUACGAGCGCAUGAAGUCCCUGGGCCCGGACGUGCCGGAGCUGAUCAUCUUGCCGGUCUACUCGGCGUUACCCUCGGAGAUGCAGACGAGGAUAUUUGAACCGGCGCCGCCCGGCUCGCGCAAGGUCGUCAUCGCCACCAACAUCGCUGAAACCAGCCUGACGAUCGAUGGCAUCUACUAUGUUGUAGACCCGGGUUUCGUCAAGCAGAAGGUAUACAACUCCAAGACCGGCAUGGACAGUCUGAUUGUCACGCCGAUCAGCCAGGCAGCGGCGAAACAGCGCGCCGGCAGGGCCGGUAGAACUGGCCCUGGUAAGUGUUAUCGCCUCUACACGGAACGGGCGUAUCGCGACGAAAUGCUGCCGACGCCGGUGCCAGAGAUUCAACGUACGAACCUCGCCACGACAGUGCUGCAGCUCAAGACCAUGGGCAUCAAUGAUCUCCUGCACUUCGACUUUAUGGACGCGCCGCCAGUCGAAUCGCUCAUCAUGGCAUUGGAGUCGCUGCAUAGCCUGAGCGCUCUCGACAACGAGGGUUUGCUCACGCGCCUUGGCCGGCGAAUGGCGGAAUUUCCGCUGGAACCGAACCUCUCCAAGAUGCUCAUCAUGAGCGUGCAUUUGCAGUGCUCCGACGAAAUUCUCACCAUUGUCAGCAUGCUGUCUGUGCAAAACGUUUUUUAUAGACCCAAGGACAAGCAGGCUCUGGCCGAUCAAAAGAAGGCCAAGUUCAAUCAGGCCGAGGGUGAUCACUUGACGCUGCUGGCGGUCUACAAUUCCUGGAAGAACAACAAGCUCAGCAAUGCCUGGUGCUACGAGAACUUUGUGCAAAUCAGGACGCUGAAACGCGCCCAGGACGUGCGCAAGCAACUCUUGGGUAUAAUGGACCGACACAAACUGGACGUAGUGUCGGCCGGCAAGAACACUGUGCGCAUACAGAAAGCGGUGUGUUCUGGCUUCUUUAGGAACGCCGCGAAGAAAGAUCCGCAGGAGGGAUAUAGGACACUAGUGGACAGCCAGGUGGUUUAUAUUCAUCCGAGCAGCGCGCUGUUCAAUCGCCAGCCGGAGUGGGUCAUCUACCAUGAGCUGGUGCAGACUACCAAGGAGUACAUGAGAGAGGUGACGACCAUCGACCCCAAGUGGCUGGUGGAGUUUGCGCCGGCCUUCUUCAAAUUCAGUGAUCCCACCAAGCUCAGCAAGUUUAAGAAAAAUCAAAGACUGGAACCGCUUUACAACAAGUACGAGGAACCGAACGCCUGGAGGAUAUCCAGGGUCCGCAGACGACGUAAUUAAAUGGACACAUCGAUGAACAAACGACUAUAUUUCCACUACGGACAGUUUCGCGCACGUCUGUACAUACAUGUACAUAAUAUUUUCUAUUUCGAUUUCAAAAGUAUUGAUCUCUUCAGAUUCGAAGAGUCUAGUUCGAGAUAAUAUUUCUAAUCGUUCUUUCGCGACAACUCGUGUCAGCAGUGACAAGAUCUGCUGGAAUGAAAAAUGAGAUGUUUUUAUUUCGCACGUGUAACAUUUUUAAUCAUCCAGUUGCAGUUCCUUUCGAUAUGCAUACGAAGCGAGUGUAUAUACAUCUCAUCUCGUUAGGAAACAAGUAACGAAAACUAACAAAUAAUGUUGUGAGGAUAUCGAUUCGAUAUUUUAUUGUUAUUAUAAAUUGUAAACAGACAUCAUAGAAAACGGUGAAACGUAUUGUAAUUGUCGAAUUAUAUACAAGGAUGCAAGAAAAUUAUUUACAGAUAUCUGCGUGUGUGUAUAUACUUGUAAAUAUUUUGUAAAUAUACAGGUCAUAAACGUAUCUAUUCACGCGUCGCAUUAUAUCUCCACAGUAGCCUUUGUUGAUAUUUGUGUUGUUAGUACCUGCUUUGGUAGAAUUUACACACGAUACAAAUUCUAAUAAUCAGUCUUUUAGAAAAGAGGACAUAUUUGAGAUUAUAAGUUUUCAGUCUUUUUUCCCUCUUGAUUAAUUAUUAAAUUUAUUAAAUAAAUACAUUCUCGCGAUAAACAUUUAAUAAGAUGACAUGGAAAAACA